AGAUCCAAGGACCUGCUACUUCACACUGGAUGCAGGGCAGAGCUCUUGACACAGGGCCUGGGAAAAGCAGCUACAUAUUAUUUUGGUAGAUUUCCACCUAGACUCAUUUUAUACCGAAAGAGAAGAGCGUGAUAUAUUUGCUCGGUGGGUUGACAUUAACACUUGUCAAGUUUUUUAAAUGAAUUCCGAUAUCACGUUGAAACAGAAUUUGUAACUGGAAAAAACAAGAUUACUUUUUUUAUUCAUUGUCUUCAUCAGGAAAACUUGCACGCUAAAGGAAUAUUGCGAGAACUAUAGAUAGUGUCUAUGCCCUAUCAACUCUACCAUAACCGGCCUAGCAGUUUAUUGCUGGACACUUGAGUGCCAUACUGAAGUCCUCAGGAAUUUGCAAACACAUGAUGUACACAAUUACAAUAGGUCCUAGUAAACUUGUUACACAGAGACGAACAGGUCCAACGCAGCAGAUUGACAACCAAAUAAACGACUUCAAGCACAAGCAGACGCCCUGGUCACUUCCUGAUGCUCCUGCACUCAAGAUCGUGUUUAACCGAUUAAACCGGAAGAAGAUCCUCCACACUCCACCGAAUGUGCAGUUGGCCCAGCAGCCUGAUGAGGGCUUCUCCGCUGCACACCAGGACAAUGUCAAGUUUGUGUAUGAAGCCUGGCAGGAUGUAUUGCAUCAGGUGGAGGAGGGAGGAGCAAGAGACGAGACAGGAAGUGCCCGUGUUCAGGGACCAGUGGAGUAUUCAGAGACCAACCCCAGCCCAGCCUUGAAGAACUUUGUGCCAAUCGAUCUAGAUGAGUGGUGGGCUCAGCGCUUCCUGGCCACCAUCGACAACCUCUCUUGAUGACCUCCAACCCCUCAGGCUUCAGCAGACAGUGCCUGACAAAGGGGCCUGCAGGUCGGGGUGAGAGGAAAGCUCUGGCAUGGUGGGACCUACUGAAGGUGUAUGCUGGUCUGGAUCUCCUCAUUACAGGAUGGUGACAUUACAGGAUGGUGCUUGGCAAAACAUUGUCACCGGGAAGUUGACCAUGACAUAGCCAUGGUAACCUCACCUGAACUCCAUUUAAAUAACUACUGGAGAAAUGAAAUGGCACAACCAACCAAUCAUGUUCUCUUGGGAAGCUCAAAAGGAAGUAUAUAUUUUUUCACCUUGUUAGCUCAUGGUGUUUGUGGGAUGAACAUGUCAAAAUGGUUGUAUGAAAAUGCAGUAAAGAUGUAUUUUCCC